AUGGCGGCCGAGCGCGGCCUGGCCUUCGUGCGGCAGCUGCACGCCGAGACGCUGGCCAAGCUGCACGAGGAGGUGGAGCAGCUGCGGCGGCGGAACAGAGACCUGCAGUAUCAGCUCAUAAUGGCCGGGCCCCCAGAUAAUACAGCUUCUACCUCACCUUCUGCGAAGACCAGUUCAAGGCACUGUUCAGCAUGUGACUCUACAGCUUCUCAGCAUUUGCUAAAACAGAGACUACAAAAGAAACAAUCCAGAAAGCACAAACAAAGUGCAGAAGUACCUGGAGAACCAGAGCUACAGGAGAAGUUACCUGAGGAAGCUCCUCCCAGAGAACACAGAGAAGUUUCUGAUAAAGCUACAUCCCCAAUAGCUUCACUGACAAGUCCAGAUACGCCUACAGCAACUCAAUUCCCAGCUGCCUCUUCAAGUUCCUUCCCAGUAAAUGCCCUUCCGUCCUGGGACUGGAAGCCACCAACAGUGGCAGAGUGUCAGAUCAUCAUUCACCAGCUCUGGAGCAUCAAUCAGAUGCAGGCCCAACAGAUAGAGUAUCUAGAAUCAUGUUUGGAAAAAAUUCACAAGACCAAAAGGAUUCCUGGAGACUACUUAAUCACUCAAAUUGGGUAAGCUAUGCCGAGUCAGUUCAAGAUUAUUAGACAAAUUCUAGAU